CCUCCUCCCGUUCCUUAACCGCGUUGAAAAUCUCCACGGCCCAAUAUAAAACCCGACCCCAAAUCAAAUUUACCCCAAAUUCGUACAAAAAUCCGAUCUUUUUUUCUCUGAUCUCACGAAACCCUAGCCCCAAUUUCUCAAAUUCAACCCCAUGGCCUACCGAACCCUAGAGCUGACCCUAAUCUCCGCCAAAGACCUCGCCAACGUAAACCUCUUCUCUAAAAUGGAGGUCUACGCGGUGGCGAUGAUCGCCGGCGACGCGAGAACGAAGAAGAAGACGACAGUCGACAAGGAGGGCGGCAAGAAUCCGGCGUGGAACGCGAAGUUUACGUUCAGCGUGAUGGAGUCUGAUGUGGAUCGAACUGUGCUGCACGUUGUGAUCAAAUCGGAGAGGGCGAUGGGGGAUCGAGAGAUCGGAGAGGUUCAUAUCCCGAUUCGUGAGCUUCUCGAUGGAUGGAAGACGGCGGCGGCGAGUUCUGGCGGCGGUGAUGAGAAGAAGGCGGUGCCUGCUCAAUUUGUGAGCUAUCAGGUUCGCCGGAGCUCAGGAGAGGCCAAGGGCGUCCUCAACCUCUCCUACAAAUUCGGCGACCCUUGUCGCCAUCGCCUCUCAGCCCCCCUAAUGCCUAUGCUGGUUCUUCCAUACCCGCCUACCCACAACCCACUUGCCUCAGCCUACCCGCCACAAUCCGGGUCCGCUACCCGCCGCCAACCGGGCCCGCAUACCCGCCACCCGUAUCAAAAAAACCCGCGACCUGCACCAGCUCGAAAGAUCUCAGAGCUGUCACUGCCUAUCCCGCACCAGCUCGAAGGUCUCGAGCCCGUCACAGCCUACCGCCACCUCCCAACUCGUAUCGUAUCCGCCCCAUUCUCAACCCCGGUUAUGGUAUACCCGCCACCCCCUCAAGCCGGGUAUGGGUACCCGCGCCUGGAGGCUACCGCCUCAAAGCGGAUACGGGUAUGGGUACCCACCGCCUCAACAGAGCGGUACGCGGUACGGAGCUCGCCACCAGUUGUGCAACCUCAGCAGGGGAGGAAGAACAAGCUCGGUGGUGGGGCCGGUCUAGGUCUAGGGCUUCUUGGUGGGGCCCUUGGUGGGAUGCUUAUUGGUGACAUGGUUUCAGAUGCUUCUGGUUAUGAUGGUGGAUAUGAUGGUGGAUAUGAUGGUGGGUUCGAUGAUGGGUUUGAUUUCUGAUGGGGAAUAAGUACUGAGCAAUGUUUGUAUUGAAACUUUGGGGAGUUUGAAGUUCGAGUUAUUGUAUGAGUUUGAGGAGGGAAAAAGAGAACUAACUUGUUGGGUUGUACAUAAUGAUGUUCAAUCUUUUUUAAUGUUUGUACAUUCUUGUGUUUUGAUUUCUUGAGGUUUAAUUUGCGUGUCA